AUGGGGAAUUUCAACCGGCAAAUCGGGAGGAACCGAGCAUUAUGGGCGGGGGCCACCCCUCUGAUAAUAUAUCGGGAGAAUCCGAAGUCCAAUGAACGUGGUUACAAUGAUGUGACCGUCCUUGACAAACAACCCUACGAUGAAACUUUGCACUCAUACAUCAAGGGCGCAGAUGCCGCUUCUGCCGACAUCAACAAAAUCGUUCGAUCAGCUUACGGAUCCCAAACGGAAUAUCAAAAUUUAUCUACCGAAGCGAUUGCUGAAUGGCAUACCUGGAAUAACGAGCUCCAACGGGGCACUCUAGUACCCCCUGGAAUGUCUAUCAAGGAUGCAGUCUUUGUGCCCAAUGGCAACAUUUCUCUAUCUAUAUCCGCUGUGCUGCCAGCAUGGGAGCUUGCCUGUAUUGAUGGAAUGGAGAAAGCCGGAAAUAAGGACACUCAACUAGCUACGAGGAUUCCUCGCCACGUGGAGAUUGCAGUGCAGAAAGGACUUCAGUCAUUCGUGGACCCGUUUCAAAGAGAAAGACGUGGAGAGCACAACACCGGCGUGUUGGAUACCACAGGUGGCAUGGCUGUUGCAGAUAAGGCUUGCCGGUUUGCGUUGCAUAAGGCGCGAAACCUGGGAGCGAAAUUCAUUUUCGGGAAAGAGGCUGGAUAUAUGAAGGAGCUAUGCUAUGAAGAUUCGAAGGUGAUUGGGGUUAAAACUCGGGAUGGGAAAUCACAUGCAGCAGAGUUGACUGUUCUGGCAUGUGGUGGGUGGACACCCGUGUUACUACCCGAGCUUGACGGCCUGUGUGAGGCCAUUGCCGGGAGUGUGAUACUUUUCAAGAUUCCUCGGCAGUCGCCUCUAUGGGAACGACUAGCUGAAGGUGGUUUGUAUGGAUUCCCGAGGGAUGAAAAUCGUUGGUUCAAGGUUGGAUAUCGAGGAACGAAGUACACCAACCCGCUGCGUCAGGGAGAUGGCAAUGAGCGAAGCACACCGGUGACGCGGUGGUCAGCUGCUGAACAAGAUGGGAAUAUCUCUACUGGGGAAGAUUUUACUUCUUUCCCACAACAAGCGCAUCAGGUUCUCAUAGAAUUUCUGAAUGAGUACCUUGCAGGGUUAUCUGAAGAAGGGAUCGACAUCGCCCUGACCAGGGUUUGCUGGUACACAGAUACGUUUGACAACCACUAUUUUGUUGACCGUGUGCCCAAUAGGCAAGGGCUGAUGGUCGCAACAGGUGGCAGCGGUCACGCCUUCAAAUACCUUCCAAACAUUGGGAAUUGGAUUGUCGAUAUAAUGGAGGGCGUUGGCAUGGAUCGAUCGGCGGUUCAAGCAUGGAAGUGGAGAUUUGUCGGUGGACCAACCAACGAUCUCAUGGAAGGUAUUGGUGAUUCAAGAGCUCUCCAAAAUAUAUGUCUCCUCAAAGAAGUGAGCUUGCAGAAUAAAGCAAAGGCCAAGCUAUAG